AUGGCCGUCGACGGCGCCGAGCUGAUCCUCUCGGUGCCGGACGACGUCCUCGCCCUGAUCUCCGCCCACCUCCGCCCCCGCGACCUGCUCGCGCUCUCCGCCGCCUCGCGCCGCCUCUACGCCGCCCUAUCCGCCUCCGAUAAGUCGUGGCUCGCCCAGUGCCGCCGCCUCCUCCCCUCCUCCCUGUCCAACCUCCUCGCCUGGCGGGCCGCCGCCGGGGGCUCCUCCCUCACCGUAUGCCGCUUCCUCCACUCCGUGUCCCCGCUCCAAGGCCUCUGGGCGCACCAGAACCCCGAGCUCGGCAACCUCGUUGCCGCGCUCCCGGGCUUCUUUUCCCUCGUCGCCGUCCGCGCCAUCCCCCAGGAGCUCUCCCCGCGCCUCCUCUGGGCCCCCGUCUUCGAAAUCCUCGCCGACGCCGAUGGACGCCCCGCGUUCCUCUUCCUCCACGGCCACCACCCCGGCUCCCUCUUCCCCGGCCUCCUCGCCUCCGUCAACCCCCACGCCAACACACUCCUCCUCGAGGCGCACGCGCCUGUCUCCUCCGAGCCUUCUGCGCAGUUCUCCCGCCUCUCCUUUGGCAACCGCCGCCGGCUGCUGGACGCUCUCGUGGCCUCGUGUCGUGUCAUGCUCCCGCCGGAGCUCGCGGCGGCCCCGCUCUUUGCGCGCUCCGAUGAGGACCUGCCGAUGCUCGCCGCCCGUCGUGAGGCGAUGUUGCGUCUGCACAUUGAGUCCAGCGGGGGCAUGGUGCGCAGGCCGGAGCUCGAGGCGCUGCUGGGGGCCAAGAAGGUGCCACCGUCGCUGCCGGUGGACAGCGCUGGUGAGAGGGUGCGGCUGCGGAGGAGUCUCUCUGCGAUGGCUGGGUACGUCAGGAACGGGCUGCGGCAGAUGGUGACGCGCUCUGCAUCAGCCAAUUCGAGGUCGGAGUACGCGGACAGCAAGCAUCUGGCAUUGGACGAGUUCUUGCGCGCUAGUGAGAGCACCGGCCUGAGCCUCCGGGGCGCGCGGCUGCGGCUGUCGACCUACCGUGCGUGGCCGAGCAUGCACGACAACAGGUUUGCGCUCUACAAGUUGACGACGCAGGUGCCCAUGCCCGGCCGGGAAUAUGCCGGGCUGUGGCGAGGCACAUUCGGGUGGCCACCGGGGCGGCCAGACGACGAGCGCAAACCAGGGAAGGCUCUCUUCUUCCUGCUCCUCUCAUACGAGGAAGACAGCGAGGGGAAGCUUCUUCUGAUUGCAACCAAGGUGUUGGAGGGCACGCACUAUGUCGUGCAUCCGAAUGGGUCGUCCAUGUUUGUCGUGCGGGUGGGUGAAGCAUCAACAGAGGCAUUUCCAUGGCCGACCGACGAGGAUUCCCGCAGUGUGAGCAUUAAGAGAUGCUUUGCUGGAGAGGGCAUUGCUACUGGGUAUGGGUUCAGGUACCCUGGCUCAAAGCCCGGGUCACUGUUUGUUCUCCGGGAUGGCCGGCUCGCCUUUGUUUGGAGAGACAACAAGUCUGUGCUCACCUUGCAAAGGCUCGACUUGGAGGAGCUGCUGAGGAAAGGGGAGCGUGUGCCCACAUUGCCACCGAUACCAAACUUUGCGUAUCUCACAAAGUCUUACUCCAAUGUGUUUGUUGCUAUCCAUGGAAGUCCCAGCUGCUCAUCUUCUCCCAGGUACUGCACAUUUUCUGCUGUCAUAGUUGAUUACAGAUUAAAGACUUCCAAGACAAAAUCUGUUGCGACAUGUACCGAACUAUAA